AUGUCUCAUAACAAUAUUCCUUGCAUUUUCAACGAUAUCAAAGAUCCAGGUGAUCGAUUUCGGCUGGAUAAUUUGAUGAACAAAGGCGUAUAUGGUACUGUUUAUUCAGCAAUUGACACUCAAGCAGGUCACAAUAAAGUUGCGAUUAAAAUUCAAGUUCUAACGUCCGAAACUCAAGAGAUAAUAAUAGAAGAGUACAGAGUUCUUCGGGAUUUGAGUAAUCACCCUAAUGUUCCUCAUUUCUAUGGUAUUUAUCGCAACCGUUGUGGAAGAUCUAAUAAAGCAGAUGAAAUUUGGCUUGUUAUGGAGUUUGAAAUUUCUGCACUCCAGGAAGUUCUAGGAAUACUUUUAGAAACAUUUAAUAAAUAG